UUAUAAUGAGCAUACUAAAAUUGCGUAUUUCUAAACUUCCAACUACGGAGACUUCUUUAACGAACAAAGUUUAUUUAAAUCAACAUGAUUUAGAUGCAGCACUUACCAGCUAUGUUCGAGUUAUAACUGGCCCUGCACAUAAUUAUAUUUUCUCAUUUGCCAAUCAUAAUGGGAUUCAGCCAGGGGAGAUUGGUUUUUCUUUGCCUCAACGACGUUGGACAAAUGUUGGUUUGGAGCAAAUUGUUCAGGUCCAUCCUUAUUCUUUUCCUCCUGGGCAACAAAUUAUAACUUUCAUAAAUCUGACUGUUGAUUUUAUGAAAAAGCCUGCAAAUCCUACGGAGCCAUUGGAUUCUGAUCAGAUGGCUCGUGAGUUUCUGAUGCAGUUUGCGAAUAUGGCUUUCACAAAGGAUCAGGAAUUGGUUUUUGAAUUUAGUCAGCAACGAAGAGGACAACAACAAAAUGACAAGUUGCCGACUGUUUAUACGCUGAAACUUUUUGUGAGAAAAAUGGAGGGAAUUACAUUUAAUUCACAACCACAAGAGUGUCAUUUCGGUCCUUUGAGCCCAAAUGCUGUUGUUAUUUUUGAUCGUUCUUCAGAAGGUUCUCAACUAAAUCUAAUUGGCCGUUCAAAGGGAAAAUCGACACACAAAGCUCUAAUUAAUCCAGAUUGGGAUUUUCAACAGAUGGGAAUUGGAGGAUUGGAUAAAGAAUUUUCUGAUAUUUUUAGACGUGCGUUUGCAUCGCGUGUCUUUCCUCCGGAAUUUAUUGAACAAUUGGCGAUGAAACACGUUCGUGGAAUUCUUCUUUUUGGUCCUCCGGGAACCGGAAAGACACUUAUUGCUCGUCAAAUCGGAAAAAUGCUUAAUGCUCGUGAACCUAAAAUUGUGAAUGGACCUGAAAUUUUAGACAAAUUUGUUGGGGAAUCUGAAUCAAAAAUGCGAAAAUUAUUUGCUGAUGCUGAGGAAGAAUGGCGUCGUUGCGGUUCAAAUUCUGGACUUCAUAUAAUUAUUUUUGAUGAAAUUGAUGCAAUUUGCAAGCAAAGAGGAUCUAUGCUUCUUACAAAAUUGGAUGGUGUUGAACAAUUAAACAAUAUCCUCGUCAUUGGGAUGACUAACCGAAAAGAUAUGAUUGAUGAGGCUCUUCUCCGUCCUGGCAGAAUUGAAGUUCAAUUGGAAAUUUCAUUGCCAGAUGAGAAUGGACGUGUUCAAAUACUCAAGAUUCAUACUGCUAGGAUGAGAGAAUACAAUAAACUUGAUCCAAGUGUUAAUAUUGCUGAACUUGCCCAUAAAACAAAAAAUUUCUCUGGUGCUGAAUUGGAAGGACUUGUAAGAGCAGCUCAAUCCUCAGCAAUGAAUCGACUUGUAAAGGCUGGUGGGAAAGUUCAAGUUGAUGAGGAUGCUGUUGAGAAAUUAAUGAUUACUAGUGAUGAUUUUGAACACGCAUUGGAGCAUGAUGUCAAACCUGCAUUUGGUCAUAACGACGAAGACUUGGGCCGUUUACUUUAUGGAGGGCUUAUUUGUUGGGGCGAUUCAGUUACAAAAGUACUUGAGUCAGGUGACCUACUUAUUAAAGAAACUGCUGCUCCAGAUACUAGAGGCUUCGUGAGAGCUCUGCUGGCUGGCCCGGCAAACAGUGGAAAAACUUAUUUGGCCGCACAUAUUGCCAAAAAAUCCGAAUUUCCAUUUAUCAAAGUUUGCUCUCCUGAAGAUAUGGUUGGCUAUACUGAAUCAGCAAAAUGCUCUCAACUUCGAAAAAUAUUUGAAGAUGCUUAUAAAUCUCCUCUUGGCUGUAUAAUUAUUGAUAAUAUUGAACGAUUACUUGAUUACUCACCAAUUGGACCCAGAUAUUCAAAUUUGGUGCUUCAAGCUCUUUUGGUGCUACUUGGAAAACGUCCUCCAAAGAAUCGUCGUCUUCUCAUAAUUGCAACUACUUCAACUGAGCAUUUUCUUCGUGAAGCUAAUUUGCUUUAUUCUUUUAGUUCAAUAAUUAAUGUAGAAUGUCUCACCAAACCAGAACACAUUUGUGCUGUUUUGGAAGAGACUGGUGGAUUUGAGACAAAAGAAAUUAAUUCUAUUAAGAAUAAAUUAAAUAAAGUUAAAUUUUCAUUUGGCAUUAAACACAUGUUGGAACUUCUUGAUUUUGUUAAACAAGGAGGACGUGAAUAUCAAGUUGAUUUGCUUUUGGAAUCCUUUGAAAAAGAAGAACUUGGAAUUUGA